UCGUCCAGGGCUCGUCACCUUCUGCAGUCCCUCUCGGUGUCUCCGGGGCCGAGAUGCAGGCCGCCUUUAGGCCUACGAGAAGUGUUUGGGAACGCUUCUGCCAUCGCUGGGGGCUUCACGCGGGGCACUGAGGGGCUGCUGCGCGUCUCCUCAGAGUUAUCCCUAAACUCUGGGGUUUCUGGCCGCUUCUCAUCCCCUUUAUCGCGUUGGCGCGUUAGUUGUGGUUGUUUCUAAUUGUAUGGCAUUAGCUUGGAUGAAAAUGUUAAUAUUCUUAGGAAAUUUGGCAAUAUUGGUAUUAACCUGACAGAUCCUAUGUUCAGAGGAAUCUACAGGGGAACACAAAAACAUCAAGAUGACUUUUUGGAUGUGGUAGAGAGAGCAGUCAAAAUUGGCAUUAAAAAGUUUUUGAUUACAGGUGGGAGUCUACAAGAUAGUAAAGAUGCAUUGCAGCUGGCACAAACAAAUGACAUGUUCUACAGUACAGUUGGCUGUCAUCCUACCCGCUGUGGAGAAUUUGAGCAGAGUAGCCCUGAACAAUAUUUAUCUGAAUUAAAAAAUCUGAUUGAAAAAAAUAAGACAAAGGUAAUAGCAGUUGGAGAAUGUGGCUUAGAUUUUGAUAGAUUAGAAUUUUGCCCAAAGGACAUCCAACUCAAGUAUUUUGAAAAACAAUUUGACCUGUCAGAGCAGACAAAACUGCCCAUGUUUCUGCACUGUAGAAACUCACAUGCUGAAUUUUUAGACAUAAUGAGAAGAAACCGAGAUAGAUUUGUGGGAGGGGUGGUGCAUUCUUUUGAUGGCACAAAGGAAGAAGCAGCAGCUAUAAUAGAUUUGGAUCUUUAUAUUGGAAUAAAUGGCUGUUCAUUGAAAACAGAAGCCAACUUGGAAACACUGAAAUCAAUUCCUAGUGAACGAUUAAUGAUAGAGACUGAUGCGCCUUGGUGUGGAGUGAAAAAUACUCAUGCUGGAUCAAAAUAUAUUAAAACUACGUUUCCUACAAAAAAGAAAUGGGAAAUAGGGCACUGCUUGAAGGACAGAAAUGAACCCUGCCAUAUAAUUCAAAUACUGGAAAUAAUGGCAGCAGUAAGAGAAGAUGACCCACUCGAGUUGGCCAAUACUCUAUAUAACAACACUAUUAAAGUCUUCUUUCCAAAUAUAUAAAGUUGUUUUUUCUUACAUUUAUUCAGCAUAACUUUAGUAAAUAUACUGCAAAAACUUAAAAAUUACCAUAUCUGCAAGUUCUUAUCAAUGGAAGCCACUAUGUAGUGCUUUUAUUUUUUUUUCCUAAUGGUACAAGAUUAAAGCUGCUUUUGAAAA